UACUGUUUGGAAUAUGAUACGCUUACUAAUCUUCCAUGUUGGUCUUUCUCAAUGUUUUGUAACAAGCUGUUAAUGAAAUGAAUCAAAUGAUUUGCAACCAAUACGGACGAAUCAAUCAACUGUGAAUUACUCAAUAUCAAUAUUGUUUUACUAGCGUUCUGAGCACAUAACCCACAAUGUAUUCAAUAUUUAUCUUGAUUUUAACAGUCUUUUGUGUCCAAUUUAUUAGUAUUAAAGCAUCAGAUACAACUCCAUCUUUAGUUGAAAACAAGACAACGACUGGUGAUGAUUUGAAUUAUGAUGAUUUGGACAUUGACCAACAGUCAGCCAAUUUACGAUCCGAACCGGCAGCGAAAUCAGAAACGAGACCCAGAGCUAGGCAAUUCAAGAAAUUGUUAGUUAAAAUUAAAGAGAUGCUUGAAGCUAUAAUUGAAUUAGUAAGUUCACAAUCAAGAGACUCUAGACUUAACUCAGUUAUGAAGCAAAGAGUCAAAUUGUUGCAGCGAAUCGUAAACCCAAAUCAACAACCUCAACUGGUUAACCAGAAUAACGUUUCAACUGUAAAUGUAGCAACAACAACAAUUUAAAUUUCCUUACAAUCUAGUCUCAUGAAAAUCGACUAAUUAUUUGAUCCAUUAUCUUGAUUUAUACUGUUUAAUUAAAGUUUACUUGUAAUUAA